AUGAUACCGAUUCAAGUGAUUUAUUACAUCGCUUUUCCAACUGUUUUCUUAUCGAUCAGUGGAGCUGAAACCACUAAAAAUACUAAGAAUGUUCAUACUGAUUUCAUUAUUAUUGGCUAUUCAUGGCAAUAUGCUACAAAUGAUGAAAGUCUUCGUAAAUUUGUUGACCAAUUCGGACUACCCCCCAGAAAGAAUGAAACUCAAAUAUUCCGGAUCAUAACGCGUGAAAUGGAAAAAUGGAAAGAUCUGUUAGAAAGUCACAUCGACGUAUAUGUGGAACUGACACCUUGGCUACAAGAACAAACAGUAAUAAAUAUUUAUAAGACGUGUGAUGAAAUGAACUUAGCUGAAUUCACAUUGCUCCACGACAUUGUUAACACGACAAGGAACAGUAUACUUAUUAUUGACUCUGACAGCAAGUCAAGCGAUCGAAUUAAUAUUUUGAUGCGAUUCGCAAGUAAAUGCAAUCUUUGUGCUCAAUCGAUUGGAAAAGUUUCUUCAACCAUUUACUUCUGUAAUAACGCAGUGAACAGCAACUGGAUAAACAAGAUAGGAAGACCAUGUCAUGCAGCAAUUUCGUCAGUACCCAAUGGCUUAAAACGUGAGAAUACUAUCUAUUCUUUGAUACCUCGGAUUUUCGCAUCCGCUACUGAGCACAAAUAUCACGGUUGUUUUUAUCACAGCACACAACAAUCACACGUAGCAUGCAAAACAUAUCAGGAUUCACAAAGUCACUAUGUGCUCAACAGACACCGAAGAAAGCACCAUAUUUAUGCUAAAAAGUACAAACUUUUAAAGCUACAUCGGGAACAAGAAGCCAAGCGGAAGAUUCGAAAAGAAACAUCUGAUAUUUUGGAAGUGCCGAUUGGAAGACGGAAGUUGCUUUGCAAGUACCGGAAAUCCUGUUAUAAGACAGGAAUUAUCCCGGACACGUGGAAUAUACACAAUGUUUUACCACGGUUUAUGAAUCUAUAUGGACAAAAAGAAAAAGAAACCGAAAUGCAAAAAGGGAAUAAAAAUGAUGAGAAAGAAGAGAUUAGCGAGGCAGAACUGAAACUUCUAUGUCGUUAUCGUAAAUCGUGUUACAAAGAAGUGGGCGCUGAGAUUGAGAAAAGUGCUUCGAAGGUUCAAUCAGGACCCAUUUUUUCUCGUGUUACCACCAUUCUAGCAGUAACGAAACAAAAAUCAACUAAAGAAAUUGCCAAAAUGGCCCUUACAGAAGCAGAAGACAAAGAAAGAAUUGCAGCACUGCGACCUACACCAAAAAAAGUAAUUAUUGAUAGGGAUCUUAAUCAAAUCAAAGAAAAAAUGACGAAACGACUAGCUUGCAAAUAUCGGAAAUCCUGCUAUGAUAGCGGUGUUCUUCCAAAAAUCGAUACACCAUUCGACAAUUUAUUCCAAAAAUUAUAUAAUUUUCUAAGACGAAGAAAUCAGCAAACGGGCAUACAAGAUACUCACAAGGAUUUUAACGAUCUUAAUGAUAACGAAAAGAGAGUUUAUUGCAAGUAUCGGAAGUCCUGCUACAAUACUGCUCAAAAACCUGUAAUAAACAGUAGCGAAAUUUUCAAAUACAUGCAUAUUGUUAAAAAAUUUGAAGAAGUGAUCCCUUUAAAGAUACGUUGCAAAUACCGAAAAUCGUGCUAUGACACUGGAAUUUUACCGGACCUCAAAAAAAAAGUUAACAAAGAAACGCAACCAGUGGUACCAAUGCAAAUAGUUACAUCAUUGUAUCACUUUAAAACACUCUGUAAAUAUAGAAAAAGUUGUUAUAAACGAAAAGCUGAAGAGCAACACAAUUUAAAUGUUGGACUACUUGAUAAAAUUAAAACACUCGACAAGGAUGAGUCAGAAUGGAAAAAAGAAAACGGAAAAGAUCAGAAAAUUAUUAAACCAUUUCAGAAAGAGGCCAUACUCAAAUCUGAGAAAGCUGAGGAAUCAAAUACAUCCAAAAAAAUGGAACGCGAUUUCGAAACGAAGACUAAUAAUAAAAAACUGACCAAAAAAUCGAAAGUUUUUCUCCCUGAAUUGGAGGAGAAGAAAAUAGCAGCAACAACAGGAAAUGAGAAAUUUGAAAAAACUGUGCAUAAAUCAAAGAAAAAAAAGACCAAAGAUCUAAGUGAAGAAACACCAGUGGAGCUGGCAAAGAAGGAUCAGAAGACUGCUUCAUCAACAACAAUUACGAAACAAUCGAUAACAGAGAAGAAGGCUCCGGAACGUGUAAGACCUAAAAAAGAGAGACUGAAAGCUGAAAAAGUACAGAAGGACGAAAAAAUUAUAAAGGAAAAAAAAAAUUUAAUUAAGAAAAAAGGUUCUGGAAAGAAACCACUAUCGACAGCAACAGAAGAACCAUUAGUUAUCAAGAUAAUACAACCAGUAUUCUCACAAGCUGAGAACAUAACACCUCUAAGGGAUGUGAAUAUCUACGACAAAAGUUUAAGUCCAAUAGCCAUCAAGCUCUUAUGCAAGUACCGUAAAUCAUGUUAUCAGGACGGUAAACUGCUGCUAAUCAAAACCGAAAAGGCAACACUACAUAAUUUCCAAGAAAAGGAAGACCACAGAUCGCUAGAAAUACGAUGCAAAUACCGAAAAUCGUGUUAUGAAACGGGUAAAUUACCAGAAAAUCUUCAAGGAAACUUAAUGACCAGACAUCUGACCGAAGAGAAGAAAGAAUAUCUCCCACUUACACUGAGGUGUAAGUAUCGAAAAUCAUGUUACGAAACCGGAAAACUGCCACCAAUCGAAAUAAACCCAUUUGGAUUCUCAGUGAUUCAAAUUAUAAACGAAUAUAAAAAUAGACAGUCUGUCAAAGAGAAACUAAGUAAAGAACAAUUAAAACUACGCUGCAAAUACCGGAAAUCAUGCUAUGAAUCGGGUAAACUUCCACCACAUUUAAAUCAUAUGGAAUACGUAGUCAGUACCUCUGUCAAACAGUACGAGAACCUACAGCUAAAAUGCAAGUACCGCAAAUCGUGUUAUAAAAGCAUGGAAUUGGACAUAAAACUAGACAGAGUCCGUAAAAAGGAAGAACAGAAAAAAAUGCAGGAAGGAAUAGUAAAAGCGCCGCACCAAACGAAACCGGAAACUAAACACAAAGAAAAAGAUCAAAAAAAGAAGGUGCAAGGGGAAGUUGCGAAUGAGGAAAACAAGCGAACACCUAAAAAAAAAAGUAAAGAGUCUAAAUUUGAGGCUAAAGAACACGAGUACAUGCAGAUAGAGCCACUCGAUUCACAACCACGACAAAUAGAAAUCAAACUACGACUGCUAAAUAAUACACAAAAGCUUAAAUGCAAAUAUAGACUAAAAUGCUACAAUGGUGUGCCGCUGCACCAGGCUGUUGAAGAGGAAAAAAUUGAAAAGCAACGACAAUUAAGUAUUAAAGAUUUUCGCCGUGCAAAUGGCGCUAUUUGCAAUAUAUAUUAUAUAUCAUGCCGGAAAAAGGCUGGUUUGCCUAUUCUUGAACGUGCACCAAUAGGGCCGAAUGGGCGACGUCUCUGCCGGAAAAAGAAAAAAGAAGAAUUACUGAUUAGAUAUAAAUAG